AUGAACUUGGCAACUCGAGCAGUGCGAGAAGAACAAAUUGAUAGGAGCGGCUUAGCGCCGUCAUGUGAUGCCGCUGGCUCCGAAUCCUCCGAUCGAUCGACUCCGAUAGCUUUGGGCAACGACCGCUUCCUUCCAAUGACAAUCGCCGGUCUCACAGACUCAGGAAUGGCCACAACCGAGGGACAGCCCAGCGCUCCCAAGCCUGGACUCGGCGAUUUGGAAAAAGAAUUAGUGUGCUCGAUUUGCACAGAGCUAUUGUAUCAGCCUCUCACCUUGCUCGACUGUUUGCAUACUUUUUGCGGCUCUUGUUUGAAAGAAUGGUUUUCGUGGCAAGCUGUGCGGCCGCGCACUUCGAGCUCAGCUCCUCGAUUCACUUGUCCGUCCUGUCGAGCCUGCGUUCGUGCAACGAGACCAAAUGCCACAGUAACGACACUGCUAGAUAUGGUGCUGAAGGCAAAUCCGGAGCACGCGAGAUCGGAGCAAGACAAACAGGAAAUCGCGAAGAAAUACAAGCCCGGGGAUUCUGUGCUUGUCUCGCCAGAGGGUUCCGAUGCUGAUGAAGAAGACCGACAACUGAUCGACAACGUGAGACAGCAAAGCCUGGCCGAAGUUUCUAGGGCUCACAGACGAAGAGCAUCCAGUGGUCAUGCAGGGGAAACGUUCAGCAGGCGACAAACAAGAAGCGCGGACAACCGAGAAAGGUCGGACGACGAACGCAGAAGUCGCCACAAUAAUGAGCGUAUUACUAGACGACGAGCCCAGCAGAAUGCUGCCAUGAAUGCUGCUAGAGCAGGUGUGACCGUCGGCCCGGAUAAUGAUCCUGCUCGGCGGAUAGAGCAUCAAUCGAGUCUACGUUCCCUACUAAGUGCGUCGGACGUCGCAGAUACAACGCAAGACGAAAUUGUCCGUUUGAUCAUGGAAGAAGGGAUGUUGGAUGGGAUAGACCUGAGUGGAUUAGACCAGGCUCAAGAAGAAGAGCUGAGCGAUCGACUCGUGCAGAUUUUCCUUAGCCGACACCCCGAGCGGUCAAGAAGGAGCAGCGAAAACACAGAGCGUCCAUCACCUUCAUCACAGCAACAUCGUCGAUCUAGAUCACAUACUGCCCAGAGUGGAAACCCUGUGUCAUCGACGGUAGAAGCUGGGAGGCGCCCUCCCGUGUCCCGGCCCCAUCUCCUAGAAGCAACUCCCACUCCAUUGCGGCAUCAACGAAGAGCAUCGGACGAGACUCGACGACGAAGAACAUCUCCAACUCCCGUGUCUCCAGCAUCGACGUCUGAAACUGCCCUUAGACCAGCAAUGCGGUCCUCUAGCGACAUGACAAACAAUCGCCCUAGUGGCUCUCCAUCUCAGCCUAGAACUAGAGAGUCAUCGGCAGCUUCUAUUUCGCGGCGAUCGACCGAGCCCGAAGGUCGUGCCUCGGACAUGUGGCUAGCUGGAACCAGAGACAGUUCACAGCAGCCACAGACUGGAAGACAGGUGCUCGCUUCAACGGAUACAAGCAGUCCAAGUGUAAUGACACAAACGGAACGGACACGUUCAAGUUCCAAUAGUGGGUUAGCAGGUGUGUCUGCAGUCGAUACACCCUCUCCUUCUUCCAGUGCUCCCAAUUUACCAAUUGCGGCACGACGAACUGCAGUAUCGCGUCCGACAGCAAGACAACAUCCAAUCCGUGUGCCCUCUACUCAUUACAGGGAGCCUUCUAUAUCAUGUGAACGUUGUGGAAAGACGGAUAUUCAAUACAGUCUUCAUAAGCGAUGUACAAAAUGCAAAGAUGGCGAUUAUCACGUCUGUUUUCACUGUUAUCGCCUCGGCCAGGGAUGCCCCCACUAUUAUGGAGUUGGUAGUAUCGGCGAGGCUGUUUUCAAGAAGCAACAUCACCCAGCAACUAGAUUGGCAGUGGAGCAACCUCAUGUUUUGACUUCACAACGAUAUCGAAAACCGAAAGAAAGUUCGCUGCGUGGCACGUCCGAUAGAAAGCAGAUAACCAACGAAGAUCCAGCCAUUCGAUUGGAAGACGGCAUGUUCUGCGAUAUUUGCCAAUCUGCGGCUAGCAACUGCUUUUGGCAAUGUGGCGAUUGUAAUGAUGGAGAAUGGGGCUAUUGUCGUCGCUGUGUAAACCAGGGACGCUGUUGUAACCAUUCAUUGCUGCCUAUUCGCAGAGUAUUGCCAACCGAGACUGCUACAUCUCCUACAGAAGCGACACCAACCGGACUAGCUAUUGUUCCCGCGUCAUUGACAUCUCCUGGUUCGACGGCUUACCAAGUGUUAUCAUUUUCAACUGAAUGCGACAUUUGCAAAUAUCCCAUCGCACCAUCAUCGACCCGAUUUCACUGUCUUCAAUGCAACGAGGGGGAUUAUGAUGUUUGUACAAAUUGCUACCUGAAACUGGUUGCGUCUGGGAAGAUCAGCAAGGAAAACGGACACAGUGGCUGGCGUCGGUGUUUGAACGGUCACCGCAUGAUCGUGGUUGGAUACGAGGACCAUGAAAAAGGCCAGCGACGGGCUAUCGUUCGAGAUCUUGUUGGCGGUUAUACUCUGAAAGACGAGAUCCCGCAGCCCUCUAGUCGCUCCGACUCUCAAGCUUCACUCGCCUCACCCGACCUUGGUACUGGAGACUGGUCCUGGAAAGAAGGAAAUACAAAACGCAAAAAGGCCAGUCGCGUUCGCACUACGCACACCGACGCUUCUUCACCUACACCAGAUGCUUCGUCGCCAAAUGUGUCUCAACCACCAUCUGGCCGUCGCGUAGUAGGCACUGUCUUCCCACCUGACGGUGGCUUAGGCCUGGUCUUGAAUGCUAGUUGGUCAUAUUUCGCAGAUGACAAUUGCACGGACGAGCUGUCAUUCCCGCGCGGCGCAGAAAUCACAGAGGCAGAAAAUAUCAAUGAUGAGUGGUACUGGGGCUAUUACGCUGGACACACGGGAUUAUUCCCAGGGAACCAUUGCGUCUUGGUCAAGGAAAUUACUUGA